CUGACCUCCAGUGAAAAUCCAUGUCUGACARCACGUCGGCUUCUCUUUCCCAUAAUUUGUAUUUUGCGACUGACUGCAGUUUCUGCGCCGCUGCUGCUCAUGUACGCAAUCCCUGGAUAGGUGGUUACCAUGGAUUCCUGGGUCACAUGCGUGGGUUUCCUAUUGCCAGAAGCAGCAGAAGAUGCUUGGACCAAAAAUCCACAGCCAUUUUCAUUCAAGAAAAAGAGAGGAUCCGCUGUGGACGGCUCGCUGACUGACUGACUGACUGACUUGUGGGGUGGCCAGACUAUACACCCGGUUAUCCUUAAUUCCAUUUGGAGGAGAGGAGGGAGCUGUGUUUUUGUCUCUUUUUCGUGUGUGUGUGUGUGURUAURUGUGUGUGUGAUAUUUUGUAGAAUUCGCAGCAAACCGGUUUUGUCCACAUCCAAAGACUGAAAACAGGAAUGAGUAUAGAAAUYCCUGAGGGACUGACGGAGCUGUUACAGAGCUUUACCGUGGAAGUGUUGAGGAAUCAGCCCCGGGAUCUGCUCGAGUUUGCGUUACAGUACUUCACCCGGCUGAAGGACAGCGAGACCAAAGAGGCCUCCUUUGGCAAUGACCAAAAUUCGGCCCCGAGAUCUGGGAAAGCGGUCAAUUUCAUUGACGAGGCCAUGCAGAUCGAUUCGGAGAACGGGGAGGAGGACGACGACGACGACGAGGACGAGGAAUUCAUAGCGCCAGUGAUAAACAGAUUCAUCAGAAGAGCAUCGGUGUGUGCAGAGGCGUUCAACCCUGACGAAGAUGAAGACGAUAAAGAGCCAAGGGUUACCCAUCCCAAAACCGACGAGCAGAGGCAGAGACUACAGGAAGCUUGCAGAGACAUUCUUCUGUUCAAGAACUUAGAUCCAGAGCAGAUGUCUCAGGUUUUGGACGCCAUGUUUGAAAAGUUCUGCACGGUGGGAGAGCACAUCAUUGAUCAAGACGAUGACGGGGACAACUUCUACGUCAUCGAAAGUGGGACGUUCAACAUUUUCGUGAAGAUUGAGGGCGCGGAGAAGCUGGUGGGCUCCUACGACAACAAGGGCAGCUUCGGAGAACUGGCGCUGAUGUACAACACCCCCAGGGCGGCCACCAUAAUUGCAACCUCGCCUGGAGCCCUUUGGUGCCUGGAUCGUCUUACAUUCCGGAGGAUCAUAGUGAAGAACAACGCCAAGAAGAGGAAGAUGUACGAAGCGUUCAUUGAAACUCUCCCCCUACUCACAUCUUUAGAGGUGUCGGAGAGAAUGAAGGUAGUAGACGUGCUAUCCACCAGGGUGUACAAUGACUCACAGCAAAUCAUUGCUCAGGGUGACUUAGCGGAUUGCUUUUACAUCGUCGAGAGCGGCCAAGUUAGGAUCACCAUGAAGAGAAGCCGGACAAAAAAAGACGAGGAGGAGGAGGAGGAGGUCGAUAUUGCCACGUGCACGAGGGGCCAGUAUUUUGGGGAGUUGGCUCUUGUCACAAACAAGCCCAGAGCUGCAUCGGCAUAUGCUGUGGGGAGUGUCAAAUGCUUGGUCCUGGACGUGAAAGCGUUUGAGAGACUCCUCGGCCCUUGCAUGGACAUCAUGAAGAGGAAUAUCGCUAAUUACGAGGAGCAGCUGGUGGCCUUGUUUGGAAGUAGCGCUGAGAUUGAGCAACAGAGUGCAUAAAGCGACUCCAAUGAACCAUGAAGGAGAUGGCAGAAACAAAACAAAAAAAAAUCUCACUGUGGAUGUUUUCCACAACACUAUUCAAAACAGAAGAAGAAAUGUGAAUAUCCACUACACCACAUUUGAGUGUCUUACAAUUAAGACUAAGAUAUGGCCCGCGUUAGUAGAGCGUACGACAGAAAGUCGCAACCUGGGAAGUUGCUUAAAGCCUGUUUUAUUACGUUAAUCAUGACUAAUGUAAUGAAUAUGUGUGUAAAGAAUAUGUGUGCAUUUUACUUGUCAGUGUCAAGUGCUUGACUUUUUUUGAAAACCAAAACACUUUGUUAUGCCUCACCCCCAUUUUUAUUUUGACAACGGUAUUCUCAUAAAAAAAUUUUUUAAAAGUGUAUUAUUGCUUGUAAAUUUCUAAAUUUUACCAGUCGUAAAUUGACGCCAAAGCUGAUUUGUGUUUGGAUAAUCAUGAGCAAUUUUGGCGCACUACCUUUCGCAGUAGAAGUCCACAUGAACUACAAUGGCACGAAAAAGUAUUUGCCUCCUUAUGGACUUCUGCUUAUUUUGCUUCUUUUCGUCGGACGCAAAUGUUUUAGAUAUUGAAGCAAAUUUUUAUAUCGUGCAACGAUAGCCUGAGUGAAUCCAAAUUGCAGUUUUCAAAUGGCGAUUUUAUUUACUUAGAGAAAAACCUCUCCAAGCUAACUACUCAAAUAAAAAAGUAACUGCUUCCCUUGUUAUGCCUGCAUUAGCUAUAAUUAACCAGGUUUUCUUUGAAAGUACCUAACUGUGACUUUACUACUACCAGAGGUUAGAAAGUCACAAGAAAUCGUGUCUGAUGAGACAUCAGGCUUAGCACACAAACAGAGAAAACUUUGAACAAUUGGGAACUUUCAACAUGUCUACCAAAAUUGCUCUAAAACUGCAUUGAGAUUUUCCUCCAGCCCUUAACUGAUGCCUCUCUUCCCUCAGUUAAUUUCAAUGUUCAUCACUCAACCAUAAGAAAGAGACAGGGCAAAAAUGUCAUCCUUGAAGGUUUCCAAGGCCAAAGCCCCGUCUCUCAUUUGCCAAAAGUAUCUUAAUGAAGCCUAAGACUUUCGGGAAAAUGUUUUAUGGACUGGUGAGAGGAGAGCAGGACAAUUUGGAGGGUGUGUGUUCUGUUAGAUGUGACAUAAAACUGGCACAGCAUUUUGGAAAGAUCAAACAUGGUGUCAGAAGUGUGAUGCUCUGGGGUUCGCUUUGCUUCUUUAAAACCAAGAUUGCAUCCCUUUCUCAAUGGAAACGUGAAUUCUGCGAAACCUUUUAAUGUGGUUAAAUUAAAAGGACUCUGCAAAAGCCAACCAAAAUUGUACUACAGAAAUGGUGUGACAGCAGCGGUUGUCCCAAAGGGCGGAACAAGCAGUUUAUUAGGGUUUAUGGGGGAAUUACUUUUUCCCAUGAAGCCAUGUCAUUUUUUGACAGUUUUUUUUUUCUUUUUUCGUAAACACAUCAUUUGAAAUCUGCCAUUUGCAUUUUACUCACGGUAUCUCUGGCCUAUUUUAAGAUUUGUUAAUCUGAAACAUUUAGGCGUGAUAAAAAAAGAAAGCAACAGAAGAAGAAAUGUGUGAAGGAGGUGAAUACCUUCUCACCGUGCUGCAUUUCUAAAUCUUUCACACUGAGUUCACAUUUAUACUCAAGUACAUCUUUGUUUAUCAGCAGAUUAUAACUCUUUGAUCUGAUAAACAGUAUUCUAUUCUUCAUAAGUGUUAGUGGCUCUUUGCCGAAAUUCUCUGCUUUUACAAGGAAGCCGAUGUCAGAGGGAGAGAUAGCUGAUAGUUUUGUAAGAAUAUACAACACAUUGCUGUACUAUUUUGAAACUGAGUGUUAUUAUACGGUGUAGGCCCACUUUUCAUUUCAGACAUUUCUCCACUGGAUCGUAGUCAUUGUAGGCAGUGUCUUGAGACAGUUUCCUUUGCUGUGUUUUAAUGUGAGAUUUAGCCCAUAUUUUUUUGGUGUAGGUAAAAUAUACAUUAUUGCUGUCUACCUCUGCCAAUGACAAUUUUUGCAUAAACCUGCCGAACAGGAAUCAAAAAGGGGUCAUUUUCUUCCCCAACUAAUCUCUCUUGUUUUUUCUUUUGUUUUCUGUAACAAUGUUCUUCUGGGUUUUUUUUUCGUCUGCAGCUGAGUUUACAUUUUAAAAUGUUGAUCUCCAACCCUUUUAGUAGCACUUUUAUUUUUUAAGGCAAGACCACAACAUUAGCCAGAAAAGAAACCCAACAAAACAAAACAAUUACAUGUCUCACUUUUCAUGUCAUUAAAGAACAUUUUAUAUUUC